AAAAACAAUAAUAUAAAAAAGCUAAUCAAUUUCAUCAUUUUUCUGUUGUAAUCCGCAAUAUCAUGGUAUACAUAAUUCAAAAUAAAGAGGAUCUAGAUGAGAAAAUAGAAGAAGCCAAUGCUUCCGGCCUGCUGGUGGUCAUUGACUUUUUUGCAAAUUGGUGUGGGCCCUGUAAGAUUAUUAGCCCAAAAUUGGAAGAGUUAGCAGCACAUUAUUCCGAUAAAGCAGUUGUAUUGAAAGUCAACGUGGACGAUUGCGAAGAAAUUGCGCUCGAAUACAAUGUUACCAGCAUGCCGACUUUCGUCUUUAUCAAGGGCAAACAUAUAAUUGACGUUUUUGUAGGCGGGAACUCCGAGAAACUUGUUAAAAACAUGGAAAAAUACGUAGGCGAGCCUGUACCUGUAGAAAAUAUGCCAGAGAUUGCUGAAGCCGAGCAGGCAGUGGAAGAGGACCACCCAGCUCUUGACUAAGCAGC